GUUGAACAAGUUAACUGUCUAUUGUAAACAUAUGAUCCAAAAGACUGGCUUUCUGGUCAACUUAUUUACUGACAACUCUACUUGACCAUUAAUUUUGGUAUCGCUUGCUGGUUAUUGUAAUUGUUAAGCUUUUCGGCUCUAAUGGUGUUAAGUGAAUCAAGUCGAUAGACUUUUCUAACCAGGUGUCAGUUUUCACCUUCAUUUUUGGUUGGAAUCUUCAAUAUGACUAUCUACAAGUGUGAUUAUGGAUAAAAGUUUGUUCAAUUAACUCAAUGGAAUCACUGCAACCUUGUGAAUUAAUUCGGUGAAGAUGAUUGAGUCAUGGUGAAACCAGUGUAGAAUCACACCUUCCCAGUUCAACUGAACCUUUAACUUAAUUUUUACAUUUUAACUUCAUUGAAAUUUAAAAUUAAUUAAUGAAUCUGAUUUGUCAAGAAAGGAAUAACAGAUUAUCCAUACAGGAUCGAGUGAAAAAGAAAGCAAAAAAUAAGGAGAUUGGUGCCAACUCUCAUUCUUUCUCUAACAAACACCAUCAUGUCAUCUGAUAUGAACUGCUCUCGGAAACCCCAUCAAUGUGCUAAUUGUACCAAAUCAUUUGCAUCCAGCCAUCAGUUGGCUCAACAUACUAGAAUCCACACUGGGGAGAAACCAUACAAAUGUCAAUUCUGUGAUAAAUCUUUUAAACAAUUAAGCCAUCUCCAACAGCAUACAAGGCUUCACACAGGAGAAAGACCCUACAAAUGUCCCAAUAUGGAUUGUGGACGAACCUUCAUACAAUUGAGCAAUUUACAACAACACAUGAGAAGCCACAUGACAAGCCAAGAAAAGAUGGAAAAAGAUAGGGAUAAAUGCCAUUAUUGUGUUAUAUGCAGAAAGGGUUUCAAAGCUCAAGCAAAUUUGCUAACCCACAAGUGUAAACAAAAAGGAUCUGGUUCCCAUAGAAAUCAAAUAAGUAACGUUUGUCCAGUCUGUUCAAUUGAAUACCAAUCUAAACAACUACUCAUCAACCAUCUAAGAGAGGAACAUGAGUUUAACUAUGAAAAUUCAAAGAGAAACCAAUCAACACCCACCCACUAUUGUCCAGUAUGCGGCCGAAGCUACUCUAAUGAAGGAUCUCUUCGCAAACAUAUAUCAACAGUUCAUGCUGAUGCUUUUAAUUUAACCCAAAAUAACUCAACUUUCAACAACAAUAAUUUUACUGCAUGUACUAUCUGCAAUAUUAACUUUGCAACCCAUUCAGACUUCCUGAAUCAUAUGGAGCAAAUGAGAACGCAUCCAAGGCACCAAUUUGAAGCGCAAAUUGUGCUGAGCUGUGCAGCAGCUGAAAGGAGAGCACGAGAAGUCAGCAAUAUGAACAGAGGUCAACUUAAUCAAUCCCUUAUUCUAUCUCAGAUAGAAUUGGCCAAAUUUGAGGGCCAACAUCAAGAAUCAAGUAAUGCCGCCCUUCUAAGCAUUACGAGAAAAGAUGCCGCCUCACUACUUUCUGGGUGUCAUCAAUCUGUUCCAAACAAUCAUCAAUCAAAUAAUAUUCAAUGACAUUAUUUGAAUAUCAACUUAUGAAUUUCAUUGACUAUGUAACUUAAGCUCACAACCUAUCAAACGACACAAAGCAACCUCAUCUUUCUAUCUUUGUAACAUGCCAAAAAUUAAUGUCAAUUUUUUCGACAAUUUCCUUACACUCAUUCGAUUUUCCUCUCGUUCGUCUUCUAGUGUAAACAUUAUUAGUUAUUGAUAUCUGAUUGAAUAAGAUUAAAAAAUACCAUCGAUCAAUCGUUUGCUGAUUAUCAGCUGA